CAAAGCAUUAUUACACACCUCCUGGAUCUUCUUAGGAAUCACUGAAUGUGUGGAUGAAGGACCUGAGCGAAAGGUCCCUUCUGUGCUGUGUUCAGUGCUUUUGGAGGUGGAUGAAUGAGGGAUGCAGUCGUCGCAGGUCGUGGCUGUGAUAAAGGAGAGAGGCAGUUGCAGAGGGCAGCCCUGAUCUCUACCUCCUGCCAUGGUAUGUUGUGAUACCACCUUCCCUUCAGGCACCUGGAACUGAAAAAAUACCCACAUCCCAUGGCCGAGGGCAGCAGGUGAUGCACAAGGAGGGUGGCCAAAGAACCCUCAUCCAAGAGGGUUUCCAUCUUGAGAGUGGGGAAUGCAAACACACUGAGUCCUGCCUGGUAGAGACCAAAGCAAAGACCAAAGACCGUGGCUGCUGCACUCAGCACUGCAAGCAUAACUUCAUGUGCUGCCCAGGCUGUAAAACUGCACGUAGUGAAGACAAGAAUGAUAUCCAGAGAUGGUAACAACUCUCGUUUCUACCCACUGCAUCUCUUCUUCUGCUCCAGAUGUCAUUUAAGCCCUAUGUAAGCAACACUGGAAGAUUGCUCUCAGCUGAAUGUGCCACAUGGGCUCACAGGAUUCCAGGAUAUACAGCUCUUGUAAAUGCAUUUGUGUUCUUUUUUUCCUUAAUAAGUAGCUACGUGUUUGACCUUGACUGUAUUGUUUAAUUUAGUGAUUGCUCUGAAUUUCUUUUUAUCCAAUAUGUGUAGUUUAUGAAAACUAAUCUUUUCUUUCUCUGUUUUUCAACAGGAAAUUCAUUUGUCUCUAUUCAGGAUUAUCCCUUAGUUGAAUAAAAGGUAACUUACAUUAUUGAAAAUACAUUCAUUUUAGCUUGAUGAUAACUUAUGUUCUUUACAUACUAAUACACUAAUGUUAAUGGUAAUACCAUCACUAUUUUUUUUAUAUCAGUAUUGACUGUCAACUCGCACAAACUAAGCACAAAGUCUCUAAAAUAGGCAUCAGAGUGAAUUACAUUCAAAGGAGCUUCUAAAAGUAGAUUUAGAGUCCCUGAUUCCUAAAGCUACGUGCAUGCAUGUUCUUAGCAGUGCAUUGAAUUUAACGUUCAGUUAGGAUAUGUGAGGUUACAUUAUUAAACAAAUGCAUAAAUCUUUGCAAUUGCAGGGCUAUGAGUUUUACCAGAGUUUUAUGGCCAUCCUGUUUGACCAUGUUUGUACCCCAAGGCACUGCCUGUCACUUUUGAUGGUGGAGCCCAGGAGAUUGUGACUGACUGAACUGGAUCACGCUUCUGUUUAGGUUUUCUCCUGUGUGGGAUGUGCCAUCAGCCUGGUGUUCAGAUCCCCUUAGCCAGCCCUACUCUUCCUCUUUCGAGGGAAGCACCACCAGUCAUGGCAGUCAUUCGCCGUGUGCGUGACCAGGAGCACUGCAGUACGUGGAACAUUCUGUGAGCUUCAGCACCGACACAUCGAGAACUGGUUCCCAAUACAGCAUUUGAAGACUGGAUGUUUGUUGAAGAGAAAGCCAGAAUGAUCUGGAGGAAUAAACGAGAACAGAGCUCUGCACUGUUUGGAAGCAGGUCCUGAUCUACAAAUCCAGCAGAAAUCAGGUUUAUAUCAGGAAUCCAGGCAGUACUGCAUUAUCUCUUGGGUACUCUACCAGUAGAGAUCUUUAUAAAUACCAGAAGUGUGACAUUCAGAUAAUAGAGUGGAAGUGAAAAUACUCUUGAGGAUAGCUUUGUCCCAAACGUUGGGGCAUAGGUUACGUGCCCAGAUGUUUCUACUUCAGCCUCUCACUUUCCAGUAAUGAUUUAUGCAGCUGCUGUUUUCAACAAGUUGGUUUUUCUUCAGUGUUGGGCUCUAGUAUGAGAAGUUGUAAUUCAGCAAAAAGGUGAGCAUCUUUCUUCAUCAUCCUGGAAGUCAUUGAAGACUGAAAUCAGUACAGAGGAUGACUCAGUAUAACCUUUCGACAGAGCUCUCUCUCCAGAGCUCAGCAAAUAAGUCAUUAAAUUUUACUGAACCACCGCUGGCUUUGGAUGAAAGGACAUUAUUAGGGCUGAAGAUAUCCCUGUCAGUCCUUCUGUCUGUCAUAACUUUGGCAACGAUCCUUGCAAACAUUUUUGUUGUUAUUACAAUUUUUUUUACUAGAAAGCUCCACACACCUGCAAAUUACCUCAUUGGCUCCUUGGCAGUAACAGAUCUUUUAGUGUCUGUCCUCGUGAUGCCCAUCAGUAUCGCUUACACUGUCACCCACACGUGGGCCUUUGGCCAAGUGCUGUGUGAUAUCUGGUUAUCAUCAGACGUCACGUGCUGCACAGCCUCAAUCCUACACCUCUGUGUUAUUGCGCUGGACAGAUACUGGGCUAUCACAGAUGCUUUGGAAUAUGCCAAACGCCGGACUGCUGGCCGAGCAAUGCUCAUGAUCGCUGUGGUUUGGAUGAUCUCCAUUAGUAUUUCUGUGCCACCAUUUUUCUGGAGGCAAGUGAAAGCUCAUGAAGAAAUCGCAAAGUGUAAUGUGAACACAGAUCAGAUUUCCUACACCAUUUAUUCCACUUGUGGAGCUUUCUACAUUCCAACUGUGCUCCUCCUAAUAUUAUAUGGUAGAAUUUAUGUAGCAGCUCGAUCCAGGAUCCUGAAGCCACCUUCACUGUAUGGGAAACGAUUCACUACUGCACACCUCAUAACUGGCUCUGCUGGCUCUUCCCUCUGCUCCAUUAACGCAAGCCUUCACGAAGGGCAUUCCCAUUCUGGUGGAUCCCCAAUAUUUAUCAAUCAUGUUCAAAUAAAGCUUGCAGAUAGUAUUCUGGAAAGGAAAAGAAUUUCUGCUGCAAGAGAAAGGAAAGCCAUCAAAACUUUAGGAAUUAUUCUAGGAGCUUUCAUUAUCUGCUGGCUGCCGUUCUUCGUCAUGUCCCUCGUUCUCCCUAUCUGCCAGGAUGCAUGUUGGUUCCAUCCCAUCCUGCUGGACUUUUUUACGUGGUUAGGUUACUUAAACUCAUUAAUCAAUCCUGUCAUUUAUACAGCUUUUAAUGAAGAAUUUAAACAGGCUUUCCAAAAACUAAUACAUUUCAAAAAGUGCUCGUCUUGAUCCUCUUCUGUUGCAUUACUGAGCUUUGCACAAUCUCGCAGCCUCCCCUGAGAUUUUCUGUGCUUUGAUUCCUGGGUGCAGAGUGGUGAAUCUCCAUCCCUGUGCUGUGCAUGGAACAGGGAACAUCUCGCAGAUUUGGUUCUCUCUGUCUGGAACUCUGUAUACCAUAAGAUAACUUGUCUGUGGUCUCUGCAGUGAUCAUUUGUAUGCGUAAUAUCAACAGAUGAAGUAAAGUUUGCAACAGGUGAAAGAGUGAACAGAAAGCCGAAUUUGUGCAGAGCUGCCCUGAAAGUAAUGCCUCCUGGUUUGUAGUGUUGGCCCACAACACCAGAGGUGGGUGUUGGUGGGAUGGCAGUAGAAGUUGAACCUUCCCACCGAUAUCCCAUUGCGUAUUGUUGCUGUAUGACAUAUGGCAGCAGUCUGACAAACGGUGUCUGAAACAAAAGUGCGUAUAUAGCAAAAGUGUGUCAUUGAAUUCUUCCGUGCAGAAAAAAAUGGCACCCAUUGACAUUCAUCAACACUUUGGAGACCC